AGAAUACAUAUAUACAUAUAUACACAUAUACACACAGAGAGACACACACAAAUCAAUUAUAAAAAGCUAUUGUAACAAAUCAACAUGUAUUUGUGGUUGUGAAAUUUGAUUGUAAAACACAUAUUAACUUGCUUUGUAAAGAAUGAAGGGUGGUCAGAGGGAAACAAAAUGGCAGCGCCAAAGGGGAGCCUCUGGGUCAGGGCCCAAUUGGGGUUCCCGCCACUGCUGCUGCUGACCAUGGCCCUGGCGGGAGGCUCGAGGACCACUUGGGCUGAAGUGUCUGACCCGGCCUUGGGUGAUACGGCAUCUUAUCACUGGGCCUGUCAGUUGACCUUCCUCUUACAUACCUACCCCAAGGAAGAGGAGUUGUACGCAUGUCAGAAAGGUCGCAGGCUGUUUUCAAUUUGUCAAUUUGUGGAUGAUGGAAUUGGUUUAAAUUGGACCAAAAUAGAAUGUGAAUCUGCAUGUAGAGAAGCACAUUCUCAAUCUGGUAAGCAAUAUGCUUGACAUCUUGGUUGCCAGGACCAGCUGCCAUUCGCUGAACUGAGACAAGAACAGCUCAUGCUCCUGAUGCCAAAAAUGCAUCUAUUCUUCCCUCUAACUCUGGUAAGGUCAUUCUGGAGUGACAUGAUGGACUCUGAACAGAGCUUCAUAACCUCUCCGUGGACGUUUUAUCUUCAAGGUGAUGAUGGAAAAAUAGUUAUAUUCCAGUCUAAGCCAGAAAUCCAGUAUGCACCACAGUUGGAGCAGGAGCCUACAAAUUUGAAAGAAUUGUGCCUACGCAAAAUGUCCUAUCUGCAAACGAGAAGUUCACAAACACAUAGGAAGUGUCUUGAAGAUGGAGAAAGUGAUGGCUUUUUAAGAUGUUUCCCUCUUAACUCUGGGUGGAUUUUAACCACAACUCCUGUCCUCUCGGUGAUGGUAUUGCUCUGGACUUGUUGCGCAACUGUUGCUACAGCUGUGGAGCAGUAUGUUCCCUCUGAGGAGCUGAGUAUCUAUGGUGACUUGGAAUUUGUGAACGCACAAAAGCUAAACAGAUAUCCAGCUUCUUCUCUUGUGGUUGUUAGAUGGAAAGCGGACUAUGAAGAAGCAGGGCCUCUACCUACAAAAGUGAAUCUUGCUCAUUCAGAAAUUUAAGUGUUUUUUUUUUUCUUUUUUAAAGUAAAGGGUAAUAGACAUCUAAAUUUCCAUUCCUCAUAGAGCUUUUAAAAAUGGUUUCAUUGGAUAUAGGGCUUAGACAUCACUAUAAAAUGCAAAUAAAUUUACCCAAAUCUGUGAACACUGUAUUUGCUGUAACUUUAUCUGUAAGUUUUUUUUUCCUAGUAAUUUAAGAGAUGGGUAUUUGAGAUCACAUUUUUAUUUUACUUAUAGCUGUGGCUAUUCUAUUAUUUACAUUGUUUUUGUUGUUAUCUUUCUUAGCCAAAUUCUGUGAGCUGAUCAUUGCUCUUUCCCGUCUCCUAGACCAUGAUACUGUCACUUUAGUUAAUAAAUUGAACACUCAGUAGCAUUUGAUGCUUCUGCUGAGAAAUGGCCCACAAGCUGUAUUUUGAAAUUUAGCAGGAAAUGCCCUUUUAUGACACUAGAUUUUCAGUUG